GCAGUAGGUUCGUUUCCUCCGCCAGCAUCUUCAGGAAAGAUGAAGAUGCCGGGGGGAAAAGCAUCCUCAGCGAUCAAGUGUCGGGGGUUUAACCGUCUUUAAAUCUUCACCAGACCAUUGAAGCAGUAAGUGCACCAGUAAGAAGAGCAAAGCUUCAAGCUGCAUAAGUGGAGAACACGGAUACAAACGUUUAUAUAAUACAAUUUCAGAGGAUGUGGGUAUUGCAGUCAAGGCCAGAAUUUAUUGUCCCGAUUUUGAGAAGCUAACCAACCAUUUUGGAGGGCAGUUAAAGAAGCAAACACACUGCAGUGGGUCUGGAGUUACAUAUAGAUCAGACCAGAGGUUUGAUGUUCUGAACCAAAGAUGCCGCUCAUCAAGAGGAUCAUUGAACCUCGGCAUCUGUGUCAUGGGGCUUUACCAGAAGGUGUCACCAGUGAGUUGGAAUGUGUGACAAACAGCACGUUAGCUGCCAUUAUAAAGCAGCUUGGCAGUCUCAGCAGACAUGCUGAAGAUAUAUUUGGUGAGCUCUUUAAUGAAGCUAACAAUUUCUGUAUGCGAGUUAAUUGUCUUCAGGAGAGAAUUGAUUGUCUGGCAAUUAAAGUCACUCAACUGGACUCCACUGUGGAGGAAGUCUCACUUCAGGACAUCAACAUGAGGAAAGCAUUUAAGAGUUCAACAACACAAGAUCAGCAGGUGGUUUCACGGAAUACUAUUCCAAAUCCAGUUUUGGAAAUGUUCCAGCAAUGUGACAAACCACCACCUCUCAACAUCCUGACACCAUACAGGGAUGACAGAAAAGAUGGGUUGAAAUUUUACACAGAUUCCUCCUAUUUCUUCAAUUUAUGGAAGGAAAAGAUGCUGCAGGCUACAGAGGAUAAAAGGAAGGAAAAACGAAGACAAAAGGAACAGAAACUGGUGGAAGAUGCCACUCGUGAGGUGAAGAAGGUUCGUAAAGCUCGAACCCGACGACCAGAGUGGGAUGUGAUGGGACGCGAUAAAGAGUUUCGAGCUGACCACAGGUUUUCUCCGUCACCCUAUCACAUAGCAUCUUCUGAAGGAUCAGUGUCACCUGAUACCAGGUCUUAUGCAUCUGAUGUUGGAGAGCUUUCAUAUCCUGCCAGCCCCAAUCAUCCAGUUCAACAGUCAGCUGUCUCCAUUUCUUGUAUAGCACCUGAUAACAAAGAGCUCUUAUCAGCUGUAACCCAGGCACAGGAUCGUGCAUACAGACUACCUGCCACAAACGUUCGGCAAGCCUCACUUACCAGACCACAGCAGCCCCACCUGACACAGCCUACGGAAGCAACACUGAAUGGACCAAGACCCCAACUAGUUAAAGACUACAGUGCACAGCCAGUGCAGUUGGCAGAGUACUAUACACCACCUGCCCCUGCUCCUCCUCCUCCACCCCCUCCCCUCAUCCCAUCAGCCCAAACAGCAUUUGACAGUCCGAUUUCUGCAACUCCACCUCUUGCAGUCAGUUCAGUGGCAGCAGUGGGCCGCACGUAUACCCCUUCCCCUCCCCCGCCUGCACCUCCAUUGUCUUAUACGCCGCCACCUCCUGGUCCUCCUGCUGCACCCCCUCCUCCUCCACCUGGUCCACCCCUUUUAGCCCCAUCUCCACUGCACUCUGCUUUGCCACCCACUGCAAUUGAAAUAAAGAAAGCCCAAGCAACUCUGAUGCCAAUUAGUGAUGCUCGAAGUGACCUGCUGGCUGCUAUUCGAAGAGGAAUUCAGCUUCGAAAAGUACAAGAACAACGAGAGCAAGAAGCAAAAAAAGAGCCCGUUGGGAAUGAUGUGGCAACCAUUCUGUCCCGUCGGAUUGCAGUGGAGUACAGCGAGUCUGAUGAUGACUCAGAACUGGACGAGAAUGAGUGGUCUGAUUAACAAGU